UUUACUUUUUCUCCUUCUAGGUGCAGAUAAAACGUCUUAAUUACGACAUCAACUUCAAUGGCUUCAACAAGGAAAUACUCGGGCGUUUUCAUAUUUAUGAUUCUUUCAAGUCUUGGAUUUCAAGCAUCAUGUGACACUGGGAUCGGAACCAUUAAUGAUCCUCCAUACUUACCUUCAGCGUGUUACGGGUAUGAAGAUAAAGGAGUUAUGAUAGCAGCUGCAAAUGAAGAUCUAUGGCAAGGUGGAGCUGCUUGUGGAAAAUAUUUCCAGGUGACUUGUACCGGUGGAACGAAUCUUGGUACACCACACCCUUGCACCGACAACCCUACAGUGACUGUAAUCAUCACCGACUUUUGCCCGCCACCUGGUUGCAAGGGUGACCUUGACUUGUCACAUGAAUCGUUUUCUGCCAUCGCUGAUCCCGCAGCUGGAGGAAUUAAAAUCUCUUACCAACAGGUUUGAGAAGAAAGAUCAUGGAAGUUGUAUACAGCAACAAACUUUUCUGGAGAAAGAACCCCUUUAAUAACACCAGAGCACGAUGCAGUAUCUCAAUUUCGAAAAUAUAUAUGAACCUAUGUUUUCCAUUUUAUUUGAUGCUACUAUUAAAUUAAGUUAAUCUCUCUUCUAGUUCUUUGCUAGAGGUGGAGCUUUGUUUUUGUUUUGAUAUAUCUCGCCCGUUCCAAAAACAAAA